ACCCUACUAUUAUUAAUGCCUCCCCAUGCAUGGUGGGGAUCUGAAGUCCUUAUUGCUAUGCAAGCUAGCUGGAAGACUACAGCUCCCAUAGUGCACUGCUGCCAGCGCUUGCUGCAUCACGGGAAAUGUAGUCCAGUGAACGAGUGACUACAACUCCCAUGCUGCCCCGCUCGCCAUACUGGGUGCACAGCCUCAUGGGAGAUGUAGUUCGAUUGUACUGUAACCGUGUCUGAUUCCCAUAGUGCUUUGCUCCCAGACCACCUGGGUGCGCGUUGCAUCAUGGGUGUUGUAGUCCAAUUACCCAGUUAGGCCAAUAGAAAGGCUGGUCUAAGGGAAACUAGUAACUACAGCUCCCAGAGUGCACUGGGGCAGGGCAAGAGCCAAUCCACCUUGCUGCUCAUUGCGGCGCAUGUGCUAGGGACUGGUGGGGUCUAGCAGGAUCUGGGCGGUGCCAGACGGGCCCCCCUACCCCACCCUCACACUGAUCCUGGCGCCAGCGCAGCCAUGACCCUCUUCCACUUUGGCAACUGCUUCGCGCUGGCCUAUUUCCCCUACUUCAUCACCUACAAGUGCAGCGGCCUGUCGGAGUAUAACGCUUUCUGGAGAUGCGUCCAAGCUGGGGCUACCUACCUCUUUGUCCAGCUCUGCAAGAUGCUGUUCUUGGCCACUUUCUUUCCCACCUGGGAGGGUGGAGCUGGGGCUUACGAUUUUGUGGGGGAGUUCAUGAAGGCCACGGUGGACCUGGCUGACCUGGUGGGGCUGCACCUGGUGAUGUCGAGGAACGCGGGGAAGGGCGAGUACAAGAUCAUGGUGGCAGCCAUGGGAUGGGCAACGGCCGAGCUCGUCAUGUCCAGGUGCAUUCCUCUCUGGGUGGGAGCCCGCGGCAUUGAGUUUGACUGGAAAUAUAUCCAGAUGAGCAUCGACUCCAACAUCAGUCUGGUUCACUACAUCGCCAUGGCUGCCCUGGUGUGGAUGUUCACCCGCUACGACCUGCCCAAGCGCUACCGUCUGCCCCUCACCCUGCUGCUGGGCCUCAGUGUCUACAAGGCCUUCUUCAUGGAAUCCUUCGUUCAUGUCUUCCUGCUGGGCAGCUGGACGGCGCUGCUGGUCAAAGCUGUCAUCACCGGCUUCCUGGCGCUCAGUUCCCUGGGUCUCUUCGUUACCUUGGUCCACGGAAACUAAUCAUCCCCACCCCCACCCUGCCAGGGAUGCUCUCAGCUCUGCUACCGAGGGACCUUGGGGAUGGCUAAACACCCGGAUUUGCCGCCCGCCGCGGCACCGGAUCCGAUCCAUGUUGGAUCCACCAGGAUGAGGGUCAGAAUAAACCAAAGCUGUCGGUUUUUUUUUUUUU